UGGAUAAAGAAAUACAAACCAAAGACUUUUCCUCCAUUGAAAAGUAGCGAAUCAAUCAAUCAAAGCCUUGUGAUUAGUAGUUAGAACUACUAACUUAGUAGUUUAUAAACAGAUAGGUAUGAAUAUAUGAUCUUAUAACCCCCCCCCCCCCCACCCCAACACCUUCAUUUCCAAAACCAAUAUCCGAGAGCUUUUCAUUUUUUUUCUUUCUUUAUUGUAAACCAUGGGUCAGUUUUCGUUUUGGAAUCUUCUAAAAGAGUUUGCGAGUAUGUUAAACGAAUCCCGCAAACUCUUUCUCAAGAACAAGAAGUUGAUGUUCUCUGUCUUGGUGUUUUAUCUCUUGCUCAAUGGUUUACUUUACUCGUUCAACGUCCUUACCAUUACACCCGAGAUAACAAACAUGACCCAAGAUUUAAAUGUGUUAUCUACGAUGGAUCCUAGCAGCCCGGAAUACAUGGCCCAACUUAUGAAAGUCUUUGCAGAUUUUCGACUAUUUGUCGUUUCUUCAGACAUCUUUAACGUUGUCUCCUUCAUCAUCAACGUUUUAUCUGUUAUAGUCAUCGUCCACGCCUCGGCUCUUACUUAUAAACACGAGAACGUCAAGUUUAAAGAUUUUGUGGUUCUAGUCCUUAAAUCUUGGAAGGGACCUCUUGUGACCUCUUUCUACAUUUCUCUCUUUGGUCUUGGCUAUUGCUUGUUCUUCCUUAUAAUCCUUUUUCCUAUUAUUUUGUCAUCUUUGAGUAUUGCUUCCUUGUUUUCCUUGGUAGCCAAGAUUUUCGUUUUGCUUGUUCUGUUCACAUUGUUUGGGUCUUAUUUAGCUAUUGUCUGGUACCUAUCUAUGGUCAUAUCAAUAGUGGAGGAAACUUACGGGAUACAAGCUUUGGGGGAGGCUGCCAAGAUUGUUAAAGGGAUGAAGCCAAAACUAUUCCUCUUUAAUAUUUUCUACGUUUUAUUGAUCUCUGGUUUAGCUCAGAUCGUGACUGUAGUGAGCCUAGUGGUCGAUAGGAGCCAGUCGUUUGCGGUUACCUUAGCCAUCGGUUUGGUUCUAGUGGUGUCAGCAUUUAUGGGGGUGUUUCUACUCAUGACUUACACCGUUGCAUAUUUCCAAUGUAAGAGCCCCCACGGCCAAGACGCUGAGUCGCUGCGGGAUGUUGAAUAUACGACACUACCCACUACUUCGCUUAUAGGAGCAUUGCCUUGAAAGCUUCAAAGAGACGGACAUAAUAUAUGGUAUAUAUAUAGUCUCAUGAAUGGAUUUGCUUGUUUUGCUCGUUUUGUUUUGGUUUGGGAUUUGGCCUACUGUUAUAAAUAAUCAAAGGUGUGGUUGAUAAAUAAAAGGCUCUAGUAGUAUUUGCUUCU